AUGGAUUUGUGUGAUGUUAUAACCUUUCCUGAUUUUAUUUCGUUCAAAUACAACGAUAUUCUAUAUAAAAUCGAAAAUGGAAAACUAUUCUAUGAUGUCGACGGCUGUUGGGUCCCAGAUCUGUACGAAAAACCCCUUAGUGUUUUUAACAGUUUCAUUCUAGCUAAUGGAUGGCAACUGAGCUCAACCACUGCACACAUAUCCUCCUCUUCAUCAUCUACAUCGCACGAUAAUCACCAAACACUCGGCCAUCGAGUAGUGGGACGGGAGAACUACUUCAGGUCAAUAAGCCAUGGCGGCGUUGGCGGCUCAGGUGCCGUAAUCAAACGUACAAUUGACAAAGCAGACGACAUAUUGACGGCGAUAAGAAGCAAUGCAAUAAACGACGAACCGCCCCCAACGUUGUAUCGGCUAUUCUCGAAAACGUUCGAAGACAACGAAAACGCCUUUAGGGUUUUGCAAGCUAACCUGGAAAAAAUUGGAAAGCGGUUCAAAAAAGGAUCGAAAGCCGAGGAAGUAUUUGAGAGAAAUCUUGCAUGGAUAAAUGUUGGUUAUGCGUAUAAUUAUCUAAGUCGCCAUCAGAAAAAGACAUCUGUGUACUGGAAUCGUUUCAAAGACGUUAAAGACAUCGACACUGUGCGAAAGACUGCCAAAUCUGGUCAGCGCAUUCUGAAUGUGGGAGAUCUGGUAGGCUUUAGUAUAGUAUUAAGAACUAAAAUUUCAAUCAAGCAAAUUGCAGAAAUUAGAGAUGAUGAUUGGAACGAUUACCUUAAUUGUUGGAAACAACAUUUCAUCAAUCGCUAUUAA